GCCCACGACCGUCCCAGCCAACCACCGCCACGGUCGCAAGUCACGAUAAUGUCCAGCUGUCUCACCACCCCCACCCUUCAAUUCGCUGAGCGCGCUGAGACACCAUGCAACACUUCGUUGGUCCGCAUAUAACAGCGCGUGGCCACCCACAUCGUUGCUCCUCCCUUCUCUCUUCCGUAUCUCGUCCACUCUUAUUCUCUUCUUUUUUCUUCGUUUCCUUUACUUCACAAUGGGUGGACUCGUCUCUUCGCUCAAUGUCGCCCUCAAAACUCUUCGCGCGCUCAAUGCGACCUACGCCGCCGUGAUCUCGCGCAUCAAUGGUUCGCCCGGCAAGCCCGUGGCCCAUCCUACCGCGAGCGCUUGGCAGCUACCACCGUCACUGCUAGCUGUCCACAAGUCCGAGACAACGCCGGAGGAAGUCGACGUCCUGAUCAUUGGAUCCGGCAUUACCGCGUGUUCGAUCGCUUACCAUCUCCUGCACUCGGCCGGUAGCACGGCGGCGAAGCCCCGUGUCGCGAUCCUCGAGGCGCGUGAAUUGUGCUCUGGCGGCACCGGCAGGAACGGUGGCCACAUCAAGGAAACUCCCUAUCUGGAAUGGAGCACUUUGGUGAAGAGAUUCGGACGUGUUGCGGCGGACGAGGUGGUACGGUUUCGCAUGGGACAUCUUCAGCAGAUUCUGGGUGUGGCAGAUAAAGAGGGGCUCCGGGAAUCCUCCGACGCCCGAGAGGUUGAGUCUGUCGAUGUUUAUUGCGAGUCGAAGAGCUGGCGUGAGGCGAAGGAGAAACUGCGGGCUUGGUUGGAGGCGUUUCCCGACGAGAAAGGGAAAUGGAGGGUCUGGGAAGGGGAUGAGGUCAAGACGAAAUUCUCUCUUCCCACUGCCGCCGGCAUCAUUACCGGGCCUGCCGCUGCACUGUCACCCUACCAAUUAAUAACCCAUCUCUACGCCAAAUUGCUCGCCGAGUUCCCGACUCUGAGUAUCCACUGCAACACCCCCGUGGAGACGGUUCAAGGCACGCCUGUCGAUCCCUUCCGUCGACCCAUCAGCCCGGUGCAACCGUUCAGCUGCUUUACUUUCCAGGGUAAGAGUCAAGUCAUGCGUGCCACACACAUCAUCCACGCGAAUAAUGGCUAUGUUUCUCGUCUCCUUCCUGGAUUCAAAGGAAAGAUUGUUCCGGCCCGUGGCCAGAUGACGUCACAGCGUCUCAACAACAACGUCUCCCUCCCUGGUGGAUCGAACAGAUCAUGGAGUUUCAUGUGGGAUAAAGGAAUGGAUUACAUGACGGUAACUCCUGAUGGAAGAUACAUGUUGGGCGGUGGCUGGGCCAAAGGUCCCAACGACGGUAUGGACGCCUUGGGGAAUUGUCGCGACAACGAGAACUCGGUCAUGGAAACCGCAUACCUUGGUGGUCUUCUUCCCGCCAUCUUCCCCGGGCUUGUCACCGGCGUUCAAAUCGAAGCUGCUUGGACUGGUAUCCUCGGCUUCUCCGUCGACUCGGUGCCCUGGGUCGGCGAGGUACCCGAGAAGGUUGCCGGUGGACGGAGAAGAGGCACUGGGAAAGAGUGGGUGUGCGCUGGAUAUUCCGGUGAGGGUAUGGUCAACGCGUGGGGCUGUGGCAGUGCACUCGCUACUAUGCUCAGGAACGAGAUGUACGGCGAGAGGGCGGUCGUUGGAGUUCCUAGUGUCAUGCUGGUGACCGAGAAACGAGUCAAGAAGGCGACAAUAGAAAUGCUCGUCGAAGACUACAUGUAGUGUUGGAUGAUGGGCGGUGAUUGGUCGUGUUGUUCGCAUCUUUUCUCGGAGUCUGGGAUUUUUGCGAUAUCGGAGUCGGUGUUGGGAUUGUUUUCAUUCUGUUGCACGCGAACGACUGGUCGGUCGGUGGGACCUUGCUAUAGACGAUUUCUACACAUGCAAUUCAAUAUAACUGGC